AUGGGAGAACGGGAUGAUGACGAAGCAGGUGAAAUCGGAGGUCACGGUCAUGACGGAGAAGGUUUAAUGGGAGAACGGGAUGAUGACGAAGCAGGUUUAAUGGGAGAACGGGAUGAUGACGAAGCAGGUUUAAUGGGAGAACGGGAUGAUGACGAAGCAGGUUUAAUGGGAGAACGGGAUGAUGACGAAGCAGAUGGAAAUAUUGAGGUUGAGGAUGAACAAGAAGAGGUUGAGGAUGAACAAGAAGAGGUUGAGGAUGAACAACAAGAAGAUGAGGAAGAACAACAAGAUGAUGAGGAAGAACAACAAGAUGAUGAGGAAGAACAACAAGAUGAUGAGGAAGAACAACAAGAUGAUGAGGAAGAACAACAAGAUGAUGAGGAAGAACAACAAGAUGAUGAGGAAGAACAACAAGAUGAUGAGGAAGAACAACAAGAUGAUGAGGAAGAACAACAAGGUAAGUCGUGUUGUGGUCUCUUCCCUUCUCCAAUUUCAACUGAGAUUGAGCACUUCCAGAGGAUAGAAUAUGCACCACUCAUAAAGAAGAAUGCUUUCUCCAUAAAAGACUUUGUAAUGCUGUUGAUCUUUUUAUUUAAUAUGCAAGCUGGAAUCCUUUAUUUCAAAGUUUAA